AUGGUAAAUGAAAGCAAAAACAUGUACAUCCCGGAGGACACCCUUGAGAACCAUCAAGGCUCGGACUACUCUCCCCCACCCCCUCUGCCUCCCCCUCCUCCCCCCAACCUGACCAAUGAACACAGCAGUGGAGACCGUGGAGGAGGAGGAGGGGGCGCCAUCAACCAUGGGGUGGGCGUGGUCGGCCUGGCCCCAGAGCACAUCCCCACGCCGGGUGCAGCCCUGACCUGGCAGGCGGCCAUCGACGCCGCACGGCAGGCCAAAAUGAUGGGCAAUGCAGCUUCAGGUGGAGGGGCGGGGCUAGCGUCGGGAGGGGGCGGGCCCAUCUCCACGGCCAGCUCCACGCAGAGGAAGAGGCAGCACUACAGCUCCAAGCCCAAGAAACAGACCACGACGGCGGCCACACGGCCACCUCGUGCCCUCCUCUGCCUCACGCUCAAGAACCCCAUCCGCAGGGCCUGCAUCAGCAUCGUGGAGUGGAAGCCGUUUGAGAUCAUCAUCCUGAUGACCAUCUUCGCUAACUGUGUGGCCUUAGCCGUCUACAUCCCCUUCCCCGAGGAUGACUCGAACGCCACCAACUCCAAUCUUGAGCGCGUGGAGUACUUGUUCCUCAUCAUCUUCACAGUGGAGGCAUUUCUGAAGGUGAUAGCCUACGGCCUGCUCUUCCACCCAAACGCCUACCUGAGAAAUGGCUGGAAUCUGCUAGACUUCAUCAUUGUGGUUGUAGGGCUGUUUAGUGCUAUUUUGGAGCAGGCCACGAAGGGAGAUGGGGCCACUCCGAUUGGAGGGAAGGCGGCAGGCUUUGAUGUUAAAGCAUUGAGGGCCUUCAGAGUGCUAAGACCUCUCAGACUGGUCUCUGGAGUACCCAGUUUACAAGUGGUGUUGAACUCCAUAAUUAAAGCCAUGGUUCCUUUGCUCCACAUCGCACUCUUGGUCCUCUUCGUCAUCAUCAUCUAUGCCAUCAUAGGACUGGAGCUCUUCAUGGGCAAAAUGCACAAAACCUGUUAUUACCUCAAGGAGGGGCAAGAUGGUCCCCCUGCAGAGGAAAAGCCGGCCCCCUGUGCAUUCAACAUAGCCCACGGUCGGCACUGCGGUCAGAAUGGGACGCUGUGCAACGUGGGAUGGGACGGCCCCAACAACGGCAUCACCAACUUCGACAACUUCGCCUUCGCCAUGUUGACCGUGUUUCAGUGCAUAACCAUGGAGGGCUGGACAGAAGUUCUAUACUGGAUGCAGGAUGCUAUGGGCUAUGAGCUGCCAUGGGUCUAUUUUGUCUCUCUCGUCAUCUUUGGCUCCUUUUUCGUUCUCAAUCUCGUUCUGGGGGUGUUGAGCGGAGAGUUCUCUAAGGAGAGGGAGAAGGCCAAGGCCCGUGGAGACUUUCAGAAACUCAGAGAAAAACAACAACUGGAGGAGGAUCUCAAGGGCUAUCUAGACUGGAUCACUCAGGCUGAAGACAUUGACCCAGAAAAUGAGGAGGAAGGCCUGGAUGAUGACAAACCAAGAAACCUGAGCAUGCCUGCCAGUGAGAAUGAAUCUGUGAACACAGACAACGUCCCUGGAGGAGAUGUGGAGGGGGAGACCUGCUGUACGCGGCUUGCAAAUAGGAUCUCCAAAUCCAAGUUCAGUCGCUACUCUCGAAGGUGGAACAGGCUGUGUCGGAGGAAGUGUCGGGCAGCAGUCAAAUCCCAGGUUUUCUACUGGCUCGUCAUCUUCCUGGUUUUCCUGAACACUCUGACCAUUGCCUCUGAGCACCACAAGCAGCCUCACUGGUUGACUGAUGUACAAGACAUAGCGAACAAGGUGUUGCUGGCUCUCUUUACUGGGGAAAUGCUAUUGAAGAUGUACAGUCUGGGCCUACAGGCGUACUUUGUGUCGCUCUUCAAUCGCUUUGACAGCUUUGUGGUGUGCGGAGGAAUCUUGGAGACCAUUUUGGUGGAGACGAAGAUCAUGUCUCCACUGGGAAUCUCGGUGCUGCGCUGUGUGCGCUUGCUGCGAAUCUUCAAAAUAACCAGAUACUGGAACUCCCUCUCCAACCUGGUGGCGUCCCUGCUAAACUCUGUUCGCUCCAUUGCGUCCCUGCUGCUCCUGCUCUUCCUCUUCAUCAUCAUCUUCUCCUUGCUCGGCAUGCAGCUUUUUGGGGGAAAGUUCAACUUUGACGAGACGCGACGCAGCACUUUCGACAACUUCCCCCAGUCCUUACUCACUGUGUUUCAGAUCCUAACAGGAGAGGACUGGAACUUAGUGAUGUACGAUGGCAUCAUGGCGUACGGUGGGCCGUCCUUCCCAGGCAUGCUUGUCUGUAUUUAUUUCAUCAUCCUCUUCAUCUGUGGAAACUACAUCCUACUCAAUGUCUUCUUGGCCAUUGCCGUGGAUAAUCUGGCAGACGCCGAAAGCUUGACCUCUGCCCAAAAAGAGGAAGAAGAGGAGAAAGAGAGGAAGAAACUGGCCAGGACGGCCAGUCCAGAGAAGCGCCAUGACAAUGAGAAGCCUCCUCUGGAGGAGGAGAAGAAGGAGAAAAUAGAGCUUAAGUCCAUCACUUCUGAUGGAGAGACCAACACUGCCACUAAGAUAAACAUGGACGACUUCUGUGGAGAUGAGAGUGAAGAAAAGAAUCCAUACCCGGCCAACGACUACAUUGGAGAGGAUGAUGAAGAAGAACCAGAGAUGCCGGUGGGCCCCCGGCCGCGGCCCCUGUCUGACAUUCAGUUGAAAGAAAAGGCCGUUCCCAUGCCACAAGCCCGUGCAUUCUUUAUCUUCAGCCACACCAACAAAUUCAGGGUGCUGUGCCAUAAGAUUGUCAACCACAACAUAUUCACAAACCUCAUCCUCUUCUUCAUCCUGCUCAGCAGCAUUAGUCUGGCAGCAGAGGACCCAGUGAAGAACGACUCCUUCAGAAACCAGAUCCUGGGCUAUGCAGAUCAUGUAUUCACUGGACUCUUCACCAUAGAGAUUAUCCUGAAGAUGACUGCAUAUGGAGCAUUCCUUCAUAAAGGUUCAUUCUGUAGGAACUAUUUCAACAUUCUGGACCUGGUGGUGGUCAGCGUGUCUCUCAUCUCCUCUGGAAUACACCUAGACUACACGACGUCGAGUGCCAUCAACGUGGUGAAGAUUCUGAGAGUCCUCAGGGUGCUGAGGCCACUGAGGGCCAUAAACAGAGCCAAGGGACUCAAGCACGUGGUGCAGUGUGUGUUUGUGGCCAUUAGGACCAUUGGCAACAUAGUCAUUGUCACCUCACUGCUGCAGUUCAUGUUUGCCUGUAUAGGAGUUCAACUCUUCAAGGGAAAGUUAUUCUCCUGCAAUGACAAGUCAAAACAGACGGAGGCAGAGUGCAAGGGUUCGUACAUUCUGUAUAAGGACGGUGAUGUGGGAAAACCAGAGAAGGCCAAGAGAAAAUGGGAAAACAGCGACUUUAACUUUGAUGACGUCCUGCAAGGCAUGAUGGCACUUUUUGCCGUGUCCACCUUUGAGGGCUGGCCUGGGUUGUUGUACCGAGCCAUAGACUCCCAUGCGGAGGACAUCGGUCCCAUCCACAACUACCGUGUAGUCAUCUCCAUCUUUUUCAUCAUUUACAUCAUCAUUAUCGCCUUCUUCAUGAUGAACAUCUUCGUCGGUUUCGUCAUCGUCACAUUCCAGGAGCAGGGAGAGCAAGAGUACAAAAACUGUGAGCUGGAUAAGAACCAGCGUCAGUGUGUGGAGUACGCCCUAAAGGCACGGCCUCUGCGUCGCUACAUUCCCAAGAACCCCUACCAGUACAAGGUGUGGUAUGUGGUCAACUCUACCUACUUUGAGUACCUGAUGUUCACGCUCAUCCUUCUCAACACCAUCUGCCUGGCCAUGCAGCACCAUGGUCAGACUUCUGGAUUCAACGAAGCCAUGAACAUCCUCAACAUGCUCUUCACAGGACUGUUCACCGUGGAGAUGAUCCUCAAACUCAUCGCCUUUAAACCAAGGGGGUACUUUAGUGAUCCCUGGAAUGUGUUUGAUUUCCUCAUCGUAAUUGGCAGCAUAAUAGACGUCAUUCUCAGUGAGAUCAACCAUUAUUUUGUUGAUGCAUGGAACACAUUUGAUGCCUUGAUAGUUGUGGGUAGCAUUGUUGACAUAGCGAUCACUGAGGUUAACCCAGCUGACUCCUCCUCGUCUUCGUCCGCGUCCUCUUCGUCAUCCUCCUCCUCUUCCUCCUCUCACCCCCCUGCGGUAAGACAAAUGGGACUGCAGAACUCUGAAGAGAGCGCCAGGAUCUCCAUCACCUUCUUCCGGCUGUUCCGCGUGAUGAGGCUGGUGAAGCUGCUGUCUCGCGGGGAAGGGAUUCGGACCCUGCUGUGGACCUUCAUCAAAUCUUUCCAAGCUCUGCCCUACGUAGCUCUGCUUAUAGUGAUGCUAUUCUUCAUAUACGCUGUCAUCGGGAUGCAGAUGUUUGGUAAGAUAGCACUGCAGGACAACACAGAGAUCAACAGGAACAACAACUUCCAGACCUUCCCGCAGGCUGUUCUGCUGCUUUUCAGAUGUGCGACAGGCGAGGCAUGGCAGGAGAUCAUGCUAGCAUGCGCGCCAAGGCAGACAUGUGAGAGAGGGUCGACCAAUGAGAACAGCUCAUCCACUGAGGAAUGCGGCAGUCAGUUCGCCAUCAUUUACUUUGUCAGCUUCUACAUGCUCUGUGCCUUCCUGAUCAUCAACCUUUUUGUGGCUGUCAUCAUGGACAAUUUUGACUAUUUGACACGUGACUGGUCGAUUCUGGGGCCACAUCACCUGGAUGAGUUUAAGAGAAUCUGGGCUGAGUACGACCCGGAAGCCAAGGGCAGGAUAAAGCAUCUGGAUGUUGUGACGCUACUACGCAGAAUCCAACCUCCCCUUGGCUUUGGAAAGCUCUGUCCACACAGAGUGGCCUGCAAGCGUCUCGUGUCAAUGAACAUGCCCCUAAACAGUGAUGGGACAGUAAUGUUCAAUGCCACAUUGUUUGCCUUGGUCAGAACUGCACUCAGGAUUAAGACAGAAGGUAACCUUGAGCAGGCUAAUGAGGAAUUGAGAGCCAUAGUGAAGAAGAUCUGGAAGAGGACCAGCAUGAAACUUUUGGACCAAGUAGUGCCCCCUGCUGGAGAUGAUGAGGUAACAGUUGGGAAGUUCUACGCCACGUUCCUCAUCCAGGAAUAUUUCCGAAAGUUCAAGAAAAGGAAGGAGCAGGGGCUGGUGGCCAAGGUGCCCCCCAAGACUGCCCUCUCUCUGCAGGCGGGCCUGCGGACACUCCAUGACAUCGGUCCAGAGAUUCGUAGAGCCAUCUCGGGAGACUUGACCGUGGAGGAGGAGCUAGAUAAGGGCAUGAAGGAGCCUGUAUCGGCCGCAUCAGAGGAUGAUAUCUUCAGGGUAAAGCGGACGGGCGGUUUGUUCGGCAACCACGUCAACUACUACAACCAGAGCGACGGCCGCAGCUCCUUCCCACAGUCCUUCACGACCCAGCGUCCGCUGCACAUCAGCCAGAAGGGGUCACCAUGCGAGGACGAGAGCCCGUCCCACGAGAAGCUCAUGGACUCUACCACCUUCACCCCUUCAUCUUACUCCUCUUCGGGCUCUAACGCCAACAUCAACAAUGCCAACAACACGGGCAUGGGUGGGGUGGUGUCCCAGGGGCAGGGAGGGGGCAUCAGUCGAUUCCCAAGCCCAUCCAUAAGCACUGUGGACGGGCACACAGGCCAGCCACUGACCCCUAUCCUGCUGCCCCAAUCUGCAUGGUGCUUCCCUCCUAAGAGGACGUGUUUUUAUGACACCCUCAUGCGCUCGGAUUCGAGUGACAGCCGUUUGCCAAUCAUCCGGCGAGGAGAAGGAUCAAUGGAGGAGACCUACGAUGAGAGCUACUGCGAUGAAAGAGAGUACCACGAAGACGACCACUCGCUCUCCUCUGACAUGCUGGUGUAUCAUGAUGAAAAGUGUAAGCAGUUGUCUCCUAUGGAGGAGGCGGAGGAAGUACAGGAGAGAAGAGGAGGAGGAGGGUGGCAGUCUCCCAGAAGAGUCUUCCUCUGCCCCACUUCCUUGGGGCGGCGGUCAUCCUUCCAUCUGGAGUGCCUGAGGAGACAGACAAAGACAGACGUCUCCCAGAAUACAGCACUACCGCUACACCUGGUCCAUCAUCAGGCUCUGGCAGUUGCAGGGUUGAGUCCUCUGCUAAGAAGGAGUCACUCCCCUACUCUUUUUAGUCGACUGUGCUCCACACCUCCAGCCAGUCCUACAGCCCAUGGUGGUCAUGCCUUCUACCAGCAUGUGCCCUCCCUGAGGCUAGAGGGCACCAACUCUCAUGAAAAGCUUAAUAGCAGCCUGCCCUCUGUCAACUGUGGCCCAUGGUACAGUGACAGUAAUGGGAACAGCCCUGUGCCCAGCCCCAGCCCCACCCCCAGCAUGUCAGCAUCCAAUCAGAGAACUUCGCGGCCGGUGUCACUCACAGUUGCCUCACUACUGGGUCAAGAACCCGGCUCGCUGGCUCAUGGCAGCGCAGGCAGUCUGGUGGAGGCGGUGCUAAUAUCGGAGGGCCUGGGUCGUUUUGCCCAGGACCCUUCUUUCAUUGAGGCCACCAAAGCUGAGCUGGCCGACGCCUGCGACAUGACCAUCGAGGAGAUGGAGCACGCCGCUGACAACAUCCUGAAUGGCAACACCACCUCCUCCACCUCCCAGCACAGCUCCAACGGGAACCUCCUCCCCUUUCACACGGCGGCAGCCCUGCACAGGGACCACGUCGCUGGUCUGAGUCUCAGCGAGGGAGGAGAGGCAGGGGGUGGUGGGGGUGCAGUCCACGGGCCCUCCUCAGUGGAGGAGCGGGAGGAGCUGCUAGGAGGGGGGAGAGGAGGCGUGGAAGUGGAGGAGGAAGGGGGAGGAAGGGAUGAGGGGCACCACAGAAGCUCCAUUGUGAUUGGAGGAGGGAGGCAGAGGAACAGCAGGCCACUGGAGGACGAAGAUAUGGAGUGUGUGACGAGUUUGUAGGGGUCAACUUGAUGGCUGUGAUUGGUCGACAGGCCCAUCUGAUAUCAUCAGAGACUGACACAUGUCAGCGCUGGGUUAGCAGCUCUACGGCUGCCUCUGUGUGUCCCUACCCCGCAAACACACACACACAAACACAUACUUACUUAUACACACACACACUGAAACACACACUUUUUGCCCCCGACGGGUAAAUUCUUUUUAGAAAAUGGCGGCCAGCGACAGAGACGUUAACACUUGAACUGAUUACGAUGAUUUCACUGGUUUUAUUUUAGUAUGUGUGUUUGAAUGUCUGGGAGUUUGUGUACUGCAGUAUAUCAUACAAUACACUAUUAUUAUAUGUGAGUAUGUGUGUGUGUGUGCAUUCUAUGAUUCUCUGUGAAUGUAUGUGCGUGCAUGCAUGUGUGUGUGUGUGUGCGCGCGCGCACGCGUG